UAUAUUCAAUUUCUAGUUUAAUUCCUGCACCCAGAGCCAGGGCUGGCUGCACACACUCUCUUCUGCCAGCCAUGAACCGUGUGUUUUGUGUGUGUGUGCAUGCUUGCGUGCGUGUACAGGAUCUGGUUGAGCGGCGUUGGCUUUUACGCCAGAGAAAGCACUGCGCUGCGCAGCGCAGCGCGCGCAUCCUUUUACACGCAACACUUCCACAUCAUUCACACUUUAAUACCAACCAAGGUCUAUCUUGCCCCCUUUCUUACUUUUUACACGCACACACAGCGUGAUUGCUGGCCUACGCGUGAUCAAUUAUCGUAAUCAGUAAAACCACAAAUUUGUAUUGAUAGUUUG